AUAAAGAGUGAGGAGCUCGGCGCGCGCCCGGUCCGAGCGAGCGCGUCCUUGCUUCAAAGCGAUAGUGACUCUCGCGCCUCCAGCUAGGCCUCCAGCCCUUCUCUACCCUACGUCUCGUUCUCCGCACCGCAGUUCUCCGGCCCGCCAGCGCUCCAGGCUAUCUGCCAGUCCCGGACCCCGGUACUGCGUCUCCAUACCGCCCGCUCCAGGACCAAUCCAAGCUCCGCAGGCCGCGCACCGCCAUGGGGGUGGAGGGCUGCACCAAAUGCAUCAAAUACCUGCUCUUCGUCUUCAAUUUCGUCUUCUGGCUGGCUGGAGGCGUGAUCCUAGGUGUAGCUCUGUGGUUGCGCCAUGAUCCACAGACCACCAGCCUGCUGUACCUGGAACUGGGAAACAAACCAGCACCCAGCACCUUCUAUGUGGGCAUCUACAUUCUCAUUGCUGUGGGAGCUGUGAUGAUGUUCGUAGGCUUCCUGGGGUGCUAUGGGGCCAUCCAGGAGUCCCAGUGUCUGCUGGGGACGUUCUUCACCUGCCUUGUGAUCCUGUUUGCCUGUGAGGUGGCUGCAGGCAUCUGGGGCUUCGUAAACAAAGACCAGAUCGCCAAGGAUGUGAAGCAGUUCUAUGACCAGGCCCUUCAGCAGGCUGUAAUGGAUGAUGAUGCCAACAAUGCCAAGGCUGUGGUGAAGACUUUCCAUGAGACGCUCAACUGUUGUGGCUCCAACGCACUGACCACACUGACUACCACCAUACUGAGGAACAGCCUGUGUCCCUCAGGCGGCAACAUACUCACCCCCUUACUGCAGGAAGAUUGUCAUCAGAAAAUUGAUGAGCUCUUUUCUGGGAAGCUGUACCUCAUCGGAAUUGCCGCCAUUGUGGUAGCUGUCAUUAUGAUCUUCGAGAUGAUUCUAAGCAUGGUGCUGUGCUGUGGCAUCCGGAACAGCUCCGUGUACUGAGGCCCUUUGCAUUGCACCAGAGGAUCCCUGGAGUGACCAGAGGCCACCUUGGGGGACAUGGCCUGUGUAUAUAAUAUUUCUGUAUUACUCUGCUACACUUAGUCUUUUUACUUUUGAGGGUUUUUUUUUUUUUUUUUUUGUCCUGAACUUUUCCUGUUACCUUUUGGGAGCUGACAUCACACAUGGGUGGCAUAUGUGGGAUGUAGGGGUGGAACUGUCCCUGGCUUGCAGGUCCAUGUAGGUCUGGGACCCCUGGAGAGUUCUGCUUGCUGAGCCAAACCUCCUCUACAGCUACUUGCUCAGAGGCUUUGUAGCCUAGCUAGAGGGCCAUGCCCACCCACCCACUCUGCCCACUGUGGGUCACAUCGCUCAUAUCUUUUUAAUCCUUGUCCCUUUCCUGCCUCCAUUUCAAGAGCUGGGUUUGUAAGCCCUCUUAUGCCUUCAAUGCACUUAUUCUUUCUAACGUGUCACCUUCAACUGUAAUUAAAUCUUGAAACAGUCAUUUAAUAAAGGAGGAAAAAAAAAAUCAGGCAUGCUAA